AUGACAAGUACGCGCCUGGAGUCGCCUCAGCAACUAAUCGGGGAACUGUUGCAUUUAAAGGAUUUUCCUGCAUCCGUGCAUCCAACAGAUUCCCCCGCAACCAUGUCAUGGUGUGGAAAUAGGUUUAAACACCGGUCUCACCUAUCCCCUUCACUGAGUUGUAAGGGCCAACAACCUCACAGGGAUAUUCGGAAUCGUUUCAUAAUUGCUUCAAUUCUAGCCUUGAUAGCAACGGUGUACUUCUGUUGGCUAAAAUACAAGAGCCGGCUUAGCUCAGCAUCAUUUACCCGCAGGCUAGCAGAAAAGGAGUAUAUGCUACUGGGCAUUGACCUAGAGGCUUGCGACAAUGUUGACAACGCAGCAGGCGUAGCCGGACCAAGUACCGUCAACGUGUUGCGUGUCUAUUCAAAACCUCCAGCCAUGCACUCUGACGAAGGACCAGCACUUGGCAACAGGGCAGACAACGAAAGAAUUGAGAUGCAUUUGAACACAGCACAUGGGCAAACGGCGACAGCAAGAAUUGACGAAUGGCUGAUGGACCCGAUAGAAAAUUUAGAGGCACUAAUUAAUGCCGAGACGGAAGCUUCGACGCCUGGAUCUUCGCUUAACUGCUCAAACAUUCCUCUUGUGGAUCAAAACGUGUCUGCUUCAACCGGGAUGAAGGGAGUAUAUCCGCUUUUGCAGUUGUCCAACGAUUACUCACCAAGCGCCGGCCAUCUGGAUGAGAGCGUCUCUGGGACGAGCAGUAGCUCCACAGUGGCUCCCAAUGAUCUUGACAGCCUUCAAGCUUCCAUAGAUCAGCUCACUGCUGAAGAGAGCGCCCUUAUUGACCAACUUCUUGAUACGUUAGACGAAGAUUUGAUUUUACCGGAGCCUCCAGCAACUACAGGAGAUCCGUUCUUGCCAGCUAGCGCAUCUUCGUUGCAAACGCCUGAUCAGCAGCCGGCUAAACGGCAGAGGACUGCCGAUUUUGGAGCCAUCGAUGGAAGGUGGACUGGAGCCAUUGAUGGAAGGUGGGCUGGGCCCAUUGAUGGAAGGUGGGCUGGACCCAUUGAUGGAAGGUGGGCUGGAGCCAUCGAUGGAAGGUGGGCUGGAGCCAUCGAUGGAAAGUGGGCUGGAGCCAUUGAUGGAAGUUGGCCUGCAACCUUAAUGCCCUCCACGCGUUUGGGAACACAAUCUGUCCUUGCGCACACUUUGGGAGUCGCACAGUUUCCAGGACAGGGUGAAGUGAGUGCGAACAAACAAUCUGCACUUCCUUGUUUUGCUCCAGUAAAGUCUCAAGAGCCCUUCGAUUGUAUGCACGUCUCUUCGCUUGGAUGCAUGAGAUCUGCUCGCACAGUAUUGAUGUCGUUUUAA